GAUAGGGUGAUAGGGCGAUAUGUGAAAUAUUUAUUUUGUGAAAUCACAAUACAUCUAUAAGCCAGAAAAUAAACAUAACAUUCUAAAAACAUCGACUAAAUAAUCCGACCAGAAAUCCAUCCAACUGACUGARCCCGAYCACACACCAUUCCAACUAAACCGACCAACCGACCAAUCAUCAUGGGCCUCAGUUUUGUGUUUGUGCAUAUAUAAAAAGGAAUUCAACCAUGACUAAACUCCGCCGGAUAAAUAACUCGCUAAAAUCGUCCGUUCUGACUCCUUUCAUAAGGUUGUUUGGUUGGAUGUUUGGUUGGGCUGUUGGUCGAGGUCGACUCUUUAAGGAACAGCACUUGGUCUGUGCAAUGGGAGAAGAUAGUUCUCCGAGCAUCGAACAUGGGAAACAAAAAURCAAUUCCAAGAUUGAUGGCGGAUGGGGAUGGAUUGUCUGCUUUGGAGCAUUCACUGUUCAUAUUUUAACAGUUGGGCAGCAAAAUAUUGCCGGCGUAAUUUAUUCCGUUCUCGUGGAUGAAUAUGGUACUAAGCGCGCAGAAACAGCUUGGGUCACUGGUUCAUCAUCAAGUAUAAUGUACUUUUUCGCUCCAGUCGGCACAUUUCUCGCGGAACGUUUCGGCUGCCGUAUAGUGGUUAUCUUAGGGGGGCUGCUAUCGGCAAUCGGCCUGGCAUUAUCGUCGUUUUCUCACAGUCUUAUUCCUUUAUACUUCACAUAUGGUCUAUGUUGGGGCAUAGGAACGAGCUUUGGAUUAUUCCCGUCAUUGGUGAUGUUAACCAAAUACUUUCGCCGCAGACUUGCCCUAGUGACSGGCAUAGCGCURUGCGGGGCAGCAAUCGGAGGAGUGGCGCUUGGUCCACUUGURCAAAUCUUCUCAGAGAAAUUYGGUACACCGAACAUGUUUCGAUUUUUGGGAGCGUUAAAUGUUCUAGUGAUAUUUUCAGGAUUAYUGUAUCGGCCGUUAAAYGAAGAAAAGCGCGAUAAAAAACUCAAUCACCAAUCGGUGGGGAAUUCUCUACGGACUCUAAUGAAGCACAAAGGAUAUGUACUAUGGCUGACGGCACUAUGUACACUCAUGCUGGUUUUCUUGGUKCCCUUUGUGCAUCUGGUCAAACUAGCUGAAGACAUACACACUGGCAAAGGGAARUCUUCACUUCUUUCGGGAUKCAUGGCUUCAGGGGGGUUCAUUGGCUGCUUGACAUUUGGUCGACURAGCGAUCAUCCGAAAUGCAACCGCAUCCUCGCUUGUCAAUUCUCGAUUCUUUCAAUGGGGGUUGUUUGUACUUUGGUGACAAUAGCAAACUCUUUUACGUGGCUUGUGGUGUUAGCCUUCGCAUUUGGUGUUUUUGAUGGUUGCUAUGAGAUGUUGGUUCCAGUUAUCACUAGUGACAUCGUKGGUUUUAAGCUGACGCCGACAGCGAUAGGCACUCUUUACUGUGUGUUGGCCAUACCUAAGACUAUYGGUCCGCCUGUUGCUGGGUGGAUCUUCGAUGUAUCACAGAGUUACAACACAGCUUUUUAUGUCACGGGGGGAGUAAUGACUCUAUCGUCUCUCAUCAUGUUUUUAAUUCCUCCAAAGGAUGUUAUGAGAGAAACAAUAAGAAUAAGCUCAUCUGCUAAAGACGUUCAUCUUGUUACCAAUUCAGACUACACAUCCACAACCACAUCGUCUGAUGGUAUCCCAGUCGUUACAACUCGCAAAUUAACGGCAUUAACUUGUUAUGGAUUGCAAUUUAAAUCUAAACAAACACCCGAUGAUUAUUACACUACAAGCGCACAAGAACGACUCCUAGUAGCGGAGAAGAUAACAAGUGUAUAGAUGACACGGCUAUCAUACCACUAUAGCAUUACUAUAUAAAGUACCUCCCCCCCCUUUUUUACUAGGUACCAGUUCUCCUCGUACCGACUACCAAAACAGGAAGCCCAAACGCUUUGUGUAAACAUUCACUAUGUGAAUAAUGGGUAUUUUUGUAUAGCUAACACCCAAUCAAUGCUUACGUACGCUUUCUUAAAGCAAUCGGCAAACUUAUGGUAAAAAGCUUUUUACAAAAUAAAUCUUGAAGCGAUCAAACAA